AUGACUAGUGAUGAAAAAAUGACGACGACAAACACAUCAGCUGAAAUCAAAUGUAUUAUCGUACAACAGACGUUUACUGGUAAACGUGAACUUAAAAUAACAACAAUGCCAAAACCACCACCCCCUGAAGACGGUGAAGUAUUGAUUGCUGUUAAAGCAUGUGGAAUUAAUUUUAAUGAUGUUCUUGUACGUUAUGGACUCAUGGAAGAUGGUCUUCGACCUCCAUUUGUUCCCGGUUUUGAAUGUAGUGGUGAAAUACUUGAAAUAGGUCCGAAUGUUACAAAUUUUGAACGUGGCGAUCGAGUUCUUGCAAUAACACGAUUUUCUGCAUGGGCUGAACAAAUCGUUGUUAAAAAAGAUUUAGUAUUUAAAAUUCCAAAAGAAAUGUCAUUCCGUGAAGCAGCUGUACUUCCAAUAUCUUAUUUAACAGCUUAUAUAUUAUUAUUUGAAAUUGGUAAUAUUAAAUCAGGUCAAACAUUAUUAUUUCAUUCCGCUGGUGGUGGUGUUGGUGUUGCAUUGACACAACUAUCAAAACUUGUGCCUAAUUUAACUCUUAUCGCAACAACUAGUUCACAUAAAUUUGAUGUUCUUCGAGCACAUAUACAUUAUUUAUUUGAACAUGGUAUUGAUUAUACAGAAGAUGUUAAAAAGAUAGCACCAGAAGGUGUCGAUUUAGUUCUUGAUUGUAUGGCAGGUGAUGAUUGUGAACGUGGUCUUGCAUUACUUAAAUUUAAUGGAAAAUAUGUUAUGUAUGGAACAUCAAGUUUACUUAGUUGGGAUGUAAAAAAUUUAUUUGGUAUAACGAAAGGAAUGACUAAUUGGUGGCAAAAUGAUAAAAUAAGUUGUUUACGUUUAUUUCAAGAUAGCAAAUCUAUACAUGGCUUUAAUUUAAUUCAAUUACUUACACGUGGUUCAAAUGAUACACGUCGUUAUUUAGCUGAUAUAAUGCAUAAAGUAUUUUUACUUUAUAAAGAAGGAAAAAUCAAACCAGUUAUUGAUUCUGUAUUUACAUUUGACGAAGUAAAUAAUGCUCUUGGUAAAUUAGUUGAACGUAAAAAUAUUGGUAAAGUUGUAAUUGAACCUUAUCCUAAUAUGAAAUCGGAAAAAGUUAAAAAAAUUAAAUCAACUGCAACACCUGGACAUCAAGAUUCAAGCUCAACAUCCGGUCCUGAUGAUGAUGAUGAUGAUAAAGAAUCUGAAGAAAGCCGUCAAAAAUUAUCGUCUUCUAAUCAAUAA